UAUUUUGAAAAGUGUGAGCGGAAGUGCUGUGUUUCUCUUGAAUCCUGAUCCACGGAGCCACCUGUCAGUGAACCGCAAGGACCGAACCGACUUUUAUCCAGUCUGUGAACCAUGGGGCCGACAGGUGAGGUGGUGUUUGGCAGUCCGGUGCCGGUCUGCUCCGAGAACCGGCUGCGCUGGGACCUGAAUCCUGGGCAGAUCCAGCAGCUCUCAGAAGAGCUCAUCACCAACACCAAGAAGGUGUACGACCGGGUCGGGGCCCUGGACCUGGAGAGCGUCAGCUUCGAGAACACACUGAAAGCUCUCGCUGACGUGGAGGUGGAGUACACUGUCCAGAGGAACAUGUUGGACUUCCCGCAGCAUGUCUCUCCCUGUAAGGAGGUCCGAGCGGCGAGCACUGAGGCCGACAAGCGUUUGUCCGAGUUCGACGUGGAGAUGAGCAUGAGGGAGGACGUCUACCAGAGGAUCGUUGCUCUGGAGAAGAAGAGCGAAGCUGAAAGCCUGAGUCUGGAGGCGAAGCGAUACAUGGAGCGACUGAUCAAACUGGGGAAGAGGAACGGCCUCCACCUGCCCAAACAGACCCAGGAGGAGAUCAAGAACAUCAAGAAGAAGCUGAGCAACCUGUGCAUCGACUUCAACAAGAACCUGAACGAGGACACCACCACUCUGUCCUUCAGCAGAGACGAGCUCGGUGGCCUGCCCGACGACUUCCUGAGCUCUCUGGAGAAGGAUGGAGACAAGCUGAAGAUCACCCUGAAAUACCCUCAUUACUUCCCCACCAUGAAGAAAUGCUUCGUCCCAGAAACCCGCAGGAAGCUGGAGGAGGCCUUCAACUCCCGCUGCAAGGAGGAAAACUCGUCCAUCCUGAAGGAGCUGGUGAAGCUCCGAGCCCGGAAGAGCUCGCUGCUGGGCUUCAGCACGCACGCCGACUUCGUCCUGGAGAUGAACAUGGCCAAAUCUGGGAAGAAGGUGGCCAGCUUCCUGGAGGAACUGGCCCGCAGGCUGAAGCCCCUGGGGGAGGAAGAGCGAGCGGUCAUCCUCAAGCUGAAGGAGAAGGAGUGUCAGAAGAGAGGCCUACCUUUCAACGGAGACCUGCACGCCUGGGACACGCGAUACUUCAUGACCCAGGUGGAGGAGACUCAGUACGCUGUGGACCAGAACCUGUUGAAGGAGUAUUUUCCAAUGGAGGUGGUGACUCGGGGUUUGCUAGACAUCUACCAGGAGCUGCUAGGUCUGUCGUUCGAGCUGGUGGAUGGAGCGCCUGUCUGGCAUCCUGACGUUACUCUGUACUGCGUAAAGGACCGGGGCACCGGUCAGAUGGUCGGGCAGUUCUACCUGGACCUGUACCCACGCGAAGGGAAGUACGGUCAUGCCGCCUGCUUUGGUUUGCAGCCCGGCUGUCUGCUGCCUGAUUGUACACGCCAGAUGUCAGUGGCGGCCAUGGUGGCCAACUUCAGCAAGCCAACGGCCAACGCUCCGUCACUCCUGCAGCACGACGAGGUGGAGACGUACUUCCACGAGUUCGGGCACGUCAUGCACCAGCUCUGCGCUCAGGCAGACUACGCCAUGUUCAGCGGGACUCACGUGGAGCGGGACUUCGUGGAGGCACCAUCUCAGAUGUUGGAGAACUGGGUUUGGGAGAAGGAGCCUCUGCAGAGGAUGUCUAAACACUACAAGACAGGAAACCCCAUCGCUGAUGAGCUGCUGGAAAAACUCAUCAAGUCCCGCCUCGCCAACACCGGUCUCAUUAACCUGCGGCAGAUCGUUCUGGCCAAAGUGGAUCAGGCUCUGCACACCAGAACCGGACUUGACCCUGCGGAGGAGUACCGACGCCUCUGUCAUGACAUCCUGGGAAUUUCAGCCUCACCAGGAACCAACAUGCCAGCGACCUUUGGUCACCUGGCCGGCGGGUACGAUGCUCAGUACUAUGGUUACCUGUGGAGCGAGGUGUUCUCCAUGGACAUGUUCUAUGGUCGGUUUAAACAGGAGGGCAUCAUGAACCCCAAGGUAGGUCUGGACUACAGGAAGUUCAUCUUGCAGCCUGGAGGCUCUGAGGAUGCCUCGGAGAUGCUCCAGAAGUUCCUCGGGCGAGAGCCCAAACAGGAAGCGUUCUUGCUGAGCAAAGGACUGACAGUGGAGCUGGACGCCAGCACGCCUUGUCCCUGCUGACCUAAUCCACAGCAGCCAGCCCCUCUAGCUGCACCCCAAGGAGCAGCGCCCACAGAACUAUGGACUUUUUCUAUAAAAAGAAAAUGUAAAUUGUUCCAAUAUUCAGGGUGAAAAUAAAAUAAUUGGUGAUUUGUG